CAAACACAUACAGUGUGUAUUUAUGAUGAACGGGGCUGUACUCCAUCUCCUGUCCGUUUCGUCCCUCCCUUCCUUAUUCCUUCACGGUGCGUUCGCUCUGCUUUGUUUGCUCCCCGGCCCUUACGUUGUGGGGAACCAUUAACCAUUGGCUCCUUUGCAGCUUCAAGCAGAGCUCGGUUCCGAUCGAGACUAAGGAGGUGCACGGCAGCGCCAGCGGUGGCAACCAGGGCGCAGUGAUGCGCGCAGACGUGCUGAGGAGGACGCCGCUGGUGGUGGCGGUGCACUCCCUGGCCACGCCCGAGGAGUGCGCCCAGCUGCAGGGCGAGGCCGGGGACCUGAGCAGUCUCGGGCGGGCCCACGUCAGCGGCGGCACCACCUCUCGCGACCGGCGCACCUUAUCGAAGAACCUUUACCCCGGCGAGACCAACGACACCCUCACGAGACUCGCUGCCCGCUUCUUCGAGACGGCGCGGCAGCUGACUGGUUACGAGCUCGACGGCGAGGGCCAGGAGCCUGUGAAUUGGCUGUACUACAAGAGCGGGUACGAGUACCGCCCCCAUUGCGACGGCGCUUGCGGUACACGCAGCGUCAACUACGGCUCCCGGGUGGCGUCCUCGUUGCUGUACUGCGCGGUGGCCGAUGAUGGCGGCGGAACUGUAUUUCCACCAGACGGGCUGAAGAUCGAGCCGACGGUGGGCAUGUUGCUUCUGUUCACGUACAACCCCGAUCCGGACGGCCUCUCGCGGCACGCCGCCUGCCCCGUGCUCCGCGGGGAGAAGAUGACGGCCACCCAGUGGUACCGGGAGGGGGUCACCGCGAAGCACGACUGGGAGUUCGCUGCGAAGGGUGGCAGGUUGCCACGGCGGAAAAAGCAGCGGAGUUCGCCGCGAAGAAAACGGGAGCGUCAGGAGGUCUGAGCAGCGGCCGCGAGGUCGCCUGAACUCCGCCACCACGCGGCCAGAGCGGAGAGCUCAGACCAGGAGCAGCCCCACAAACGCCGCGAGGGAGCAAGACUGCAUCGAGCCCAGUCGGCCUCGUUUUCGGCCUCGUCGUCCUCGUCCUCGUCCUCCUGUUUGUUUCUGUCUCUUUCCCUUUCCCGCUCCC